AUAAUAGAACCAUUUGAACCCAACAUAACCGUUAUCUAACCCCAAGACCAUAGGCUCGCAGAAAAUUAGAGCUCUACUCAUGGCGUGGAGGAUGAUGUAUAAAUCUCUAGCUACCCUCAGCCGUCAUCGUCCUUGUUUUUCUCUUUCUCUCAACUAUAAUCAUAACCUUCUCUUUCUCGUCUCCCCACCUGCAAAAACCUACAGCUUCUUCUCUUCUCCAUCUGCGAGACCCAAACUUCUUACAGGAGUAUUAACAGCAACAUCUCAUAUUGUUUGUUCUUGUAAUGGUAAACCUUUCCUUGAAUCCUUCAGCUUCUCCUCUAAAUCAGAAUCAACCACCAGUAACAACAAGAAGCUCGUCAACACCAAGGUUAAUUUCUCUCUCUCCGAUUCAGACGAUGACGAUGACAAUACCCAAAACUCCCCUGCUGCUACAACUAGAGAAAUCGACAAAUCCAAGCUCCCUCCUCCUUACGACCCUUUCAGCAAGAAGCCAGCAAUUGAGGAACCCAAAGACCCAAAAGAUCUUCAAGAGAUAUUUCAUAACAUGAAAAGCGAAGGUCUUUUCAACAAUGCAGUCAAGAUGUUCGACGCUUUGUCUAAAGACGGUCUAACCCACGAGGCCCUCCAGCUCUUCGCUCAAAUCAAGGAUAAAGGACAGAUGCCCGACGUGGUGGCUCACACGGCCGUAAUCGAGGCUUACGCCAAUGCGGGUCAGCCCAAGGAGGCCCUCAAGGUUUUCAUGCGGAUGCUUGCGUGCGGAGUUCAGCCCAAUGCGUACACCUACAGUGUACUCAUAAAGGGACUAGCUGGAGAACCCAAAAUGCAUGGGGAUGCGAAGAAGUACGUGAUGGAGAUGAUGGGGAAAGGGAUGCGUCCAAAUGCUGCCACGUAUACCGCUGUGUUUGAGGGGUUGGUGAGAGAGCAGAAAGAGGAGGAGGCCAGGGAGUUGCUGCAACAGAUGAAGGAGAAAGGAUUUGAGGUUGAUGAUGAGGGAGUUGUGAGGGAAGUUGUCAGCACCAAGAGAGGCCAUAUAUUUAGAACUCUAAUCAACAUUCUGUUUGGCAGGUAGUAAUUCCACCUCUCUGUUUCUCCUGUUUGAAAUUUUAGUUUCAAACUAGAUAGUUCAUCAAUCAUCCUCAUUCUCAAUUUCUUUUUCAUCCAUGUAACCCAGUGCAUUUGACAUGGGUAGGGCUAUAUAGAAUGUUUUAUAUACAUUUAUGCGUGAAAAUUUAAAAGGUGCUAGCAUGUACCAGUUUUUGAGCUA